GGACAUCGCCCUCCCUCCCGCUCGAGCCCAGCGGCGGCCAUCUGCCAAACCCUCAUCUUCGCACUGCACCUGCGCCGACGCCCCGUGGUGGCCAUCCUAUCUCGACUUCCCAAUUAACUCAGUAAAUCAAUUGUGCGAGUCGGGCUCCCACUUCCCAUCCACUCUCAUUUAUCGCCAGGCCGAUUGCGCUUCGUCUCUUUAAUCGAGUAGUUGCUGCUGCAAGCAUGCAGCUCCUAGGACUGCGCCCGGGAUCUCUCCAUCACUACUUACGCCCAGUCUAGGGGCAGCUCGACCGCUCCGGGAAGGCUACCGAAUCCUCUCCGACAGGCGCCUGUGACCUGUGCUCGCUAGCCUCGUCUUCAUCAGUAAAAGAGAAGGACUUGGGAACACGAGCCAUCAUGGACGGCAUGCAGGGUUUUUACGGGCAGGGUUAUGCAGGCAUGGACCCUCAACACUCUAUGGACGGGUACGCGCAGGAUGACAGUAUGAACACUGCCAUGGAUACCGACGGACUUGGCCAGGCACAGACGCUACACCAGAUCAUCAACCAAAAUAACGAGGAAUUGAUGCGCCGACGGGACACUUUUCAACUCCAAUAUCGGCAGAGCUCUCAAGACCGCAACCGCAGAGCCUCAAUGUUGGAAUUUGGCUCGUCGAUAACCGGCGGCGACCUUGCCAACUUCCAGUUCGACCCCAACCCGAACGAGCCUGACGUGUCCAUGUCGAAUUCCAUAUCAAACAUGAUGCCAAUCAACAAACCGCUCGACCCGCGAAGAGUCCGGUCGAGGGAGGAUCUGUCUUUGAACACAAGAUUCUCGCAAAUGAACACAAGCUUCGACCCUAUGGCCGCGAUAGAUUCGUUUAACCCAGCUCUAAUGGCGAGCACCUCGGUCGGAGUCGAUUCUGCUUCAGCGUACAUGAACCACAUGAACAUGAUGGACUUUGACCCCAGGGGUGGGAUGCCAGACCAAGCCGGCGCAAUGCAAGAACCCAUGUUCUCGGAUUCACCUAUAGACCAAAACUUCACAGUUCCUUACCCACCUGCUGGCCAGGAGCCGGGCGGCGGCUCGAUGAACCAUCAAAUGAACAAUUCCAUGAACAACCCAAUGGCGACAAUGGCACCGAAUAUGCCUACGAUCCCUCAAGCAUUCCGGAACAUGACCCAACAUAUGAGAGAGCAAACGCCUAUCUCGGUUUCAGUUCCGAUGACAGCAGGACCUCCUUCAAUGGCAUCUCCACUGCCGGUGCAAAAUCCCACUUCAGGAAGAGCCUCUGGAGACAUGCAAACACCCUACUCUAGCAAUGGUAAUGUGACUCCGAAUUCCAGGUCGAUGAACCCGCCAGGUCUGCCACACAUGCAACAGGUUGCAGGGCCUCAGCCGCAACUUUCGAAAUACGUCAAUGCAUAUUCUUCCAGCGGCUUUGAUAUGCUCGGUGUUUUGAUGCGCGUCGCGACAAGACCACGGCCUGAAAUCAAUAUUGGCCCUGUCGAUCUGUCCUGCGCCUUUGUUGUGUGUGAUCUUGACAAGUUUGAUUUGCCUAUUGUGUAUUGCUCCGAAAUGUUCGAGCGACUGACAGGUUAUACAAAACACGAAAUUCUUGGAAGGAAUUGUCGCUUUCUGCAGGCGCCUGAUGGCAAAGUGCAAUCAGGAGUGAAACGAAAAUACGUCGACGACAAUUCAGUCUUGUAUCUCAAGAACCAGAUCUCGCAGCGGGCGGAAGCGCAAUUGAGCUUGAUCAACUACCGGAAAGGCGGACAACCGUUCAUGAAUCUUUUGACAAUGAUUCCCAUACAAUUCGACUCCGAAGACUACAAGUUCUACGUGGGCUUUCAGGUUGAUCUGGUAGAACAGCCAGGCUCUGUCUCCAGAAGAAAUCCUGAUGGGAGCUACGAAAUCAACUACAAUCGAAGCUCUCUUCCUGCCUACACUCUACCCGCACCUCCUGACCCGAGCCAAGGACUGCAGGAAAUGGGUCAAACGAUACCCAAAGACGAAGUUUCCAAGGUACUAGCUUCCUUUGGUCGUGGCGACUCGGAUCUGUCGAAACGGAUAUGGGACAAAAUCUUACUGGAGAACACCGAUGACGUGGUCCAUGUUUUGUCUUUGAAAGGGUUGUUUCUCUACUUGUCACCCGCCAGUCGAAGGGUUCUCGAGUACGACGCGGGUGAGCUCGUAGGGACGGCGUUGUCGUCUGUAUGCCAUCCCAGUGACAUUGUACCCGUCACCCGAGAAUUGAAGGACUCAUCCAACGGAAACCCGGUGAACGUGGUUUACCGAAUUCGAAGAAAGCAUAGCGGCUAUACUUGGUUUGAAGCGCACGGAGGUCUGCACACAGAACAAGGGAAAGGCAAGAAGUGCAUCAUCCUUGUUGGGCGUGAGCGACCGGUGUACGCGCUGGAUAAGAAUGAGCUCUCGUCUGAGGGAGCCACGGGCGAAAGCGAGUUGUGGUCGAAGAUCUCAACUUCGGGAAUGUUCCUGCACGUCUCGUCUACGUCACGGGUCAUGCUUGAUCGCCUACCAGAAGAUUUGGUGGGAACAAGUAUGCAGGCUUUGAUGAGACCAGAUUCCCGGAAAGAUUUUGCUCGCACUCUAGAAAAGGCACGUACCGGAGAGAAGGUGUCGUUGCGACAUGACCUUCAAAACCGCCGCGGCCAAGUCUUACACGCGCAGACGACCAUUUACUCGGGUGACGCAAAACCGGGUUUCAAGCCGACAUUCCUGCUUGCACAGACGAGACUUCUGAAGAUGACGCGGGCUGCCUUGUUAACCCAGAAGUCGACGUCCCAAUCGCCGAGGACCGAUCAAGCAUCUGUGGGUUCCGCAACUCCGGUCACGAACGUGUCUGGACUGUCCGCGACGCUGCGGCGUGAAUCAUCAUCUCUCUCUUCGGACUCCCAUAAUGUUGGGGACGGAAUGAUGACCCAUGCUGGUGGCCACGGACUUCCGCUCGGAAACCAAGACGAAUCCUUGGCUUCUGAGGACAACGUUUUCGACGAACUGAAGACUACUCGGAGUUCGAGUUGGCAAUUUGAACUACGACAAAUGGAACGCCAGAAUCGUUUGUUGUCCGAAGAACUGCAGGGGCUCUUGAGUCGCAAGAAGAAGCGGAAGAGGAGAAAGGGCCUUGGGCAGCUAGAAAAAGACUGUGCCAAUUGUCACACGAGAGUGACUCCUGAGUGGAGAAGAGGUCCUAGUGGUCAGCGUGACUUGUGUAACAGCUGUGGUCUUCGGUGGGCCAAACAAGUAAGUCACUCCCAAUGCAGGCACCGAUUGACGUAAAGAGCUGCGAACUGCGACUGACUGGUUUUCGCGCACAGCAAGGUCGAGUAUCCCCACGGAAGACCCCAGGUCACAGUGACAGAGGAUCAACUUCGCCCGCUCAAGUCACACCAGCUGACCGAGGUGAUGCCAAAAUUGGUGCCUCCUCGUCUACCGCGACCGGCAUGCACAUUCCUGGCACCAUCAACGGGACGAUUGUGUCCGCACAAGGACUACAGUCGACGAAAGAGGACGAUACGUUGUGGCGAGGGGCUAUGCCGCCGAAAAUUGACGAAGCCGAAGAACCUCCUGGACCGAACGUGCUUCCGACUUGACCGACAUCCACACAGCCUCUUCACUUCAAAGACAUAUACUCGCGGUUGCUUUAACCGUACAUUUACUUCAGGGACAUGCACGAACAGGGGCUACGAGGUUUCGCUAUAUAGGUAGGCCUCGAACAUAACACUCAAGGUUCAAAGACACCACAAGCGGCUGCAACAAAGCCAUGCAGCACCUGCCCCCAGCUCGAUUGAGCCUGCCUUCAAAUGACACAGCGGCCGCGAGUACACUACCGUCGUAGCUGCACCGAGACGCAAGUUGGCUGGUCGAGAUCCUGCCUGCUUUUAGUGGCGGAAAAUAUUAUCAGCCAACUGCGUCAAUGCGUUCAUUCUCGUCGAAGAAUCUACAGGCGGCGACAAUUGCCGCGUGAGAAUAUUCAUUACGAAGUUGGCAUAUUUAUUGGCUCAGGGAGUUCACUUUCCCCACGACCAACAGCCUUGCCUCGGCACGUCGACUGUGGCAUCUCCACGAGUCCUAGCACGAGGGGUGGAAGACAUGAUCAAUGACAUAGAACAUUUUGUGACGGCACCGGUUUCACGAGCUAUUGGGAUAAUGGUUUCCCCCUACUUUCUUAAAUAUCACUCGCGAACACGACUUCAUGCGAAAGGACCGGAUUUUGACUAAUGUCGGUUCAGAAAGUGCUUUAUGUGUGGGCAGGGGGAAGGAACGGACAAUUAGAAUGGGCUGAAUGGGUUGAGCUCAAGCUCGGAACCCUUUCGCAUGAGAUCUCAACGGUCGACAAUCUCUGAUGUGACGAAUCUUUUUAGAAAUGACUGGCUAUAUAUACAUCAUGUCUGUGAUGUUUUACAUACUAGAAUCGUUCCGCGGAUAUGGCCCGAGCGAUUAGGUCCAUGCAAGACUCUCUGCUUUACAGCGAGCAGUGAUCUGGCUCGGAAAAUACCGUCUUGUACCUG